GGCCCGCACCGGCAACUUCUGUGCGCAUCGAGGGUGGAGGCGACCUGCAGCUGGGAUGGAGAGGGAAGGAGAGCAGAGGCUGUAGCUCUGUCCUACGCCGCCAGAGAUCCCGGGACUGGGGAAAUGACCACCUCCACAUCCCUCCCAUCCUCUGAGGACCCAGGACCCACAGUACCGAGGAAAGCUUGGGUGCAGCCGGCUGCUUGGAUCUCCACUCCAGAUUUUCCAGCUGUCCCUGUCCCCCCACCGUCAGAGAGCGGGGUGCUGAGAUGGCUCGGUGAUGCAGAAGAAAGAAGACAGGCUGGACUUCUCUAGCUGGUGGAGGCCUUCAGGGGGUGAUGGCCCCUCUGUGCCUUAGCAGGGGAGCUUCAUCCCAGCCAGGGAAUCAUUCCAGUCUGUGCACAAGAAAAAGGCAGUUGGCAAUAGAAGGAGCAGAAGGCCUGGAUUCAGAAGACUUGAGUUUAGACCUUCUUAUUUCCUUUUAACUAUCUGUGUGGUUUUGGGCUGACCCCAGAGUUGUGAGAUGGAAAGUAAAUACAGGGAAAUCCUGUUGUUAAUCGGCCUGGAUAGCAUCACUGAUGAGGAACUGGACAGAUUUAAGUUCUUUCUUCCAGAUGAGUUUGAGGUUUCCACAGGUAAACUAGAAAAUGCAAGCAGGACGGAGUUAGCUAACUUGAUGAUCCAAAACGUUGGCGUCGCCUCUGCCAUGCGGAAGACCAUACGGAUUUUCCAGAAGUUGAAUUAUAGGCAUGUGGCCAAAUGCCUUCAGGAAGAGAAGGAAAAAGUUGAUAAGAAAUGCAAAAUGGAAAAAGGAACAAAGCUAGUGAAAAAGAAUCAAGCUGCAGUGAAUCCUGGGGUCUCUGCAGCCCCCAGAAAGGACAUUGGGCACCAACACGUUGUACCAAAGGCCUCGCUUCGUGUUCAGCCUAAGCAGAAACACAUGGUGGCCCAGCAAGCUUCUAUCAGAAAAGAAGGGUUGCAGAAAGACCCUAUGACAGUCAUGGUGCUGAAGACAAUGAAGCCAUUUGAAUUUGAGGCCCAGGAAGGGAAACAAGAGAUGUUCCAUGCUACAGUGGCUACCGACAGUCAAUUCUUUUUUGUAAAAGUUUUCAAUCCAGAGCUCAAAGAUAAAUUCACUCCAAAGAAAGUAAUUCUAAUAUCAAAAUAUUAUUGGCACACUCAUUUCCUGGAAGUGAACUGUGCCUCCCUGGUGUUUGAUGCUGCAUCUGACCAGCAGAUCAAUGUCCCGAAGACCGUUAUCAGAAAAGCUGGUGAGACCCCAAAGAUCAGUAAGCUUCAAACUCAGCCCCUUGGGACAAUUGUGAAUGGGCUGUUUGUAGUUCAGAAGACAACAGAACGGAAGAAUCGCGUAUUAUUUGACCUAAGUGACAACACAGGGAGGAUGGAAGUACUGGUGUUCGGAAAACAGAACGAAAUCAAAUGUGAGGAAGGGGAUAAACUUCGACUUAUGUUCUUUGAGCUGUCAAGAACUGGAGAAAAACUACAGCUGAAAUGUGGAGCGCACAGCGUCAUUAAGGUUAUUAAGGCCAGAAAUUUGAAGUGAGAGGAAUUAACUCAGAUCCACUGGUCUAAAUGGCAUUUAAAUGAGGAGGACCUGAAGCCUCAUGAACUGACUGUGAGCCCCUGGGAACACAGGCUCCUCCUCCCCGACCCCCAGCUCAGUAGGGAUGGCAUCGUUGCUGAAUAAACAACCCAUGAUAUUAUCAGAAUUAAAGUUUAUUUCUCAUCCAUUGCAUAUCUACCGAUUUAAAGUCAGAUUUAGUUUGGGGUAAGGAUAAGCCAGGCUAUGCUCUAGGAAGGUGUUCACAGAUAUUGUAGUUGUUCAAUGAAUAUCAGUUGAAUGAAUAAAGUGAUUAAUGAGAAAUAUUUACUAUA